AUGUCUGAUGAGGCGAAAGACAACGACGACAAAGAAACUGUGCCAGGAAAAGAGAUCCAGGUGUCUGUGUGUGAUGAGGAGAAGGUGGUGUGUGGUGUGACCAAACACACGACAUGUGCUGACAUAGUCCAAGUCUUACUGGAAGACCACAAGAUCACCCCCGAGAGCAAGAGGCUCCUGCACGGCGACCCCAAAUACUUCUGCCUGCUAGAGCGUUGGAAAGGCUUUGAGAGGGCUCUGCCUCCCUUAACCCGCAUCCUCAGGCUAUGGAAUGCCUGUGGAGACCAGAGACUGUUAAUCCAGUUCACCCUGGUCAAGGCCAGCGAUUUUGUCCCCCAAUCAGGAGCCAAGGGGGCCAAAUCCCUCAAGGGGGCCAAGGGGACUAAGAGAUGGGAGCAGGGCCCGGCCCAGUACUCCCAGUUGAUACCGAUGGAGAGGCAGAAACGUAUGGUGAAGAAGGCCUUCAGGAAGCUGGAGAAGAUCCAUAAGGAGAAGAGGGUAAUGGAAUUUUCUCCGGGCAGUGAAGAGAUCGACAGGAUGGUUCAUCUCCUUAUACAGCAGGACCACACCAUCCGGCAGCAGACCCAGAAGAUGCGAGAGCUGGACAGUGAGAUGGAGUGCUUACACAUGGAGCUGAAGGUGGGUCAGGGGCAGGACACAGAGCUUCUCCAUGAGGGCUCUCCCUCACUCUCCCCGGUCUCCUUCCCCCACAACCAGAGCAUGGACAGCAAGCCGGGGGUCUCCGAGGAGGAGCUGCUGCAGGAGUGCCUGUACAACAGUGACGGGGUGGCCCAGUUGGAGAUGCAGGUGCAGAGGCAUCAGGAGCUUAUUGCCCAGCUGUCCCAGGACUUCGAUGCAGAGCUGACGAGGGCCAUGUUAGCAUUACCGGAGGUCCCCAAAGAGGAUACUCAGUUACAGGGGGCAAUGGCAGAGUCUGGGGUCACUUCCGACCCAUACCUGUCCUGGGAAUCGGCAGAACUAGAGAGACUGCAUGCCGAACUGAGGCUUAGCCUUUGCACCGGCGCGUCCCUUCACACCCAAACGGCCGAUUUGCAGAAGGCGCUAAAGCACUAUGACACAACACUUGCCUCCAAGGACCAGGAGUGCUGGCAGCUGGCCUCCCAGCUGAGCACAUUGCAGGUUGGGGAAAGUGCACAGGAAAUGCCAAGGCUUGGGACUAUGAAAGGCCAGGCCCGGUACAUUGCUCCACCGGCAGUUAGAUUCAAACACAACCUGUCCCCUACAGAUGUUACAGACACAGACUCUGACACAGGGAUCAGCUCCACACACAGUCAGGACUCUCUGUCUCCCUGCCUGGACAUGAUCCUGCCACCGUUGGACACAGCUGUCUAA